AUGGGAAGACUUGAAUCCUUGACGGCAUUGGCUUUGGGCCGCGGGCAUUACGAAGAAGGGGUCAUUGUGAACCCGGAAGCAGAAGCCUCCAGCAGCCCAAACCCGCAGCAGUACAAUGAUCGUGGAUACCCCAGAAAUCCAGAGACCAAACGACAAGAACGAGAGCACGUGCGAGCAGCAAACGAAGUGAUGCAAGUCACAGGCGUCGUCGAGGACUCCUUGGCUGCCAAGGUUAAGGCAAGCCAAUUCAUACAAGACAAAAAUCUAGAGACCUUGACCGGAUUGAGAAUGAUGGAAGCUGGCCGUGCUGUCUUGGUGGGAGGGGUAUGGGGCGUGUUAGGACUUCGAAGACGAAUCUUGCUCUACAGGCCGUAUUCUACGGUUAGCGUUUUGGGAAUCGUCCGGCAUGAAGCAUCGUCUUAUUCAGUUCCCCACCUCUUCUUCUCAGGCUUGCCCACCGUUUUUGCAUAUCACGUCUGCGAUUGGGUGGCAUUCGUUACUGAGACUAUUCUUGAGGGUCAAUUUCAGGAAGACGAGAAUGCCUUGUCUGAGCAGCAGCUUCGGAACAGCCAGCUCAUCCAAACUGGGCUCGAUAUCGGUUUCUGCUAUAUCGCCCUACAUUUCAGGAUGUUUGCAAUCCUCCAGCAACUGAACCUCAUUUCAUCUUCCAAACUUUUUCCAAGCUUCCGAUCGUUCAUCCCGUUUUCGCAUGCGUCUCCUCUCCAAUUUCCGCCUAGCCCAUCACUCAGCCUCUCGUCUCUCGCAUUCUGGGGUGCAUCUCUCCUUCGGACUGCGGCACCGAUGCUCAUCAUCUUGGCCCAUGGCAAAUUCAAGUACAUGGUGGCUCGAAUAAUGUACCGUCCCAUCUACAGAAUACUUCCCCGGCCCAUGGGAGACAGCAUGUUCUCGGGUCUUAAUAUUGCGGCCCCGUCAAUGGAAUAUGAUACCCCAGAUCGGCCCAGAGAUGACAGGAGCAGAUACCGCUCUGAGGAUGAGCCAACACUGCGGGCUCUUGAAGGUCUACCGGCACUUGAUCGAACAGAGACACGCGCACGUGUAAAUGAACGAGAUCAGGAGUCGAGUGAGGAAGAAGAAGAGGAAUUGACGCAAGCAACACUCAUCAGCUUUGAUGUUGAGGCCACAGAUGUUGCCGAGUCUUCACUGGGCACGUGGUCAGCAGAAUUGCGGAGCGCCAAUGAACCAAAGCCCUCACAGGGCCUCAAAUACCGCGUAACAGGACUGACGGUGCUCCCUCCAAUCAUGGCCACUGAGGGUCUUCGAGAAAUAGCAGCGGGAAUCAUUGUCAUGCCACUCGAGGCGUUUAUGGUACGAGUUAUUGGCAGAGCAUACCGAGCGAGCGCGGGCUUAGAGAUGGAAGAUAUGUUCAUCUGGGGAGUUCCGUCCGUGUGGAACCUAAUUACUGCGUUGACUGUUCAAUUGGCCGUUACGGGGAUUAUAUGGGCCGGGUUUACAGCUGGGACCCAGCGGUUGGCUGCUUUGUGGGGGGCAAGAGGGACCGAAAGCCCAACAAAGGAAACUUCUCUAACCUGA